CGUCUGCCCAUUUUCCCCGGUGAAAAGAACAUCUCGGACGAGUCGAUGGCGCCCGACUGUUGACGUCGGGGAAGUCGCCGAAGAUGGCCGAAGUGGGCGGUCUCCAGAUUCGGAUCACCGGGACGGAGGAGCGCAGUAGCAUGCUCAAGUCCUGGUGCGUGUACAUGCUGGAAGUGAAUGACUUCGGGCGCAAGUCUGUCCUUGAGAAGCGAUUCGACGACUUCAGCCUGCUGCAUGCUGACAUGAAAGAGAUCGAUGCCGAUACGCCCCCGUUGCCGGAGAAGAAGUUCAUGGCCUCCACGGAUGCCUCGGUGGUGGCCGAACGCCGCCCGGCCUUCGAGCGGAUCUUGAAACAUUUGCUGAAGAGCGAGGCGGCGGUCAUGGAGAAGAGCCAAACGGUCUUCAAGUUCCUGGAGCUGCCGACCCCUGCGGUGGUGGCCUUCAGAUAUCUUUUCCAGCACGACCGCAUCUCCUGCGCACGGCAAUGCGGCAAGUUGACGGAUCCCAAAUGGGAGAAGGAACAUGCCUACCGAUUGGCUCACCCUGUGAUGGUGCGGACCAGCCUUCAAAUGCUGCUGGAAGGCGCUCUCCAGGACUCCCGAGAGGAGACGAAGCGGGACCCCGCCGUUCUGGCGGAUGCGGAAGCGGCGGUGCUUGAGAUGCUGCGCUUUGCCGUGCAGAGCGAGCAGGGCCGCCAGUGUUUUCUGCAAGAAAAGGGCCCGGCGACGCUCCUGAGCUACAUCUUCCGGAAAGGCAAAAAGGAAGAAAAUGCUGGGCCAGACCAGCGCGCCAGAGGCGUGCUGAACGCGCUGAUCAAGGUGGAGGGGGACCGGUUCCCUCAGGUCAUGGCGGGCUUCCUGGAGCACGGAGGCGUCGGGGUCUUGCGCGAGGGCUUGGACCUGCUUCAGCAUCCAGGCUUUGCCGACUUCGUCUCCAAGCUCUUGUGGUUGGCCUGGGAUGUGCAGGUGCAGCAGGUCUUCCUGGCUGAGGGCCACUCCCGGGAGGCUUUGGGCUUGCUCUCCUCGCUCUUUGAGUGUCCUUCGAAGGGUGCCCGCGCCUGUGCAGGUCUGCUGCUGGCCUGCGCCUUGUGCAACGCCCAGCUGGCGGGCCGCGAGAGCCAGGCCGCCCACGGCCUCGCGCAGCUCACCGAGGAGAUGGUGGCCUUCAACUGCUGGGACGCCAAGGAGAGCUCCGAAGAUGCCGAGCUGCGCGCCUUCGUGCAAGGUCUGGGGCAAAGUCCUGAACGCUUCGCCCGCAUACUGACUUGUGCGCAAGCUCCCUGGCAACACAACGACGGCCAACUUCCAGACGAGGAUCACCCGCUCUGGCCAGGGGCGAGCUUCUGUCUUUGGUGCCUCCUGCGCAUGCGCCCGGAGCCGUCGAGGCUGGCGCCCUUGCGACCCGCGCUGCCGGCUGUAGCGCAGGGCGGGCCUGCCCGGGCGCGGUGGCUGGCAGGGGAGCUGCUCUUGCAGCUUCAGCUGCAGGUGACUGGAGACAUCAACUCGGUGGACUCCAUCGUGGAGACGAGCAUCCAGGAGCGCGGGGCACUGGAGUCUGCGCUGCUGGAGGAGUUUGAGCACGGGCGGCGCAGCCUGCACGCGGAGCUCAGCGAGAGCUCUCAGGUGAUUCAGACGCAGCAGAGCUUGGUGGAAGAUCGGCAGCAGCGGUUGCCCAUGGAGGCGGCCGGAAGUGUCGGCAGCGGCUGGCACCAAGACUUGGAGGCCGCGCUGGCGCAGCUGGAGCGGGCGCGGCAGGAGCUCAGCGGCGCGCUCGCCGCGGCGGAGAAGAAGCGCGAGGCGGCGCAGAGUGCCGUGCGGGAGGUGCUGGACAUGGACUUAACGGACUCCGAGGACCAGAUGGAGCAGCAGCUGCAUGCAAUGCGACAGACGGAGGCCGAAUACCAAGCGCGGCGCGCCGAGCAGGAGCAACACAGCGCAGUGCUGAAGUCCCAUGAGGAGCAAGUGGCGGCCGCCAACAGCAUCAUGGAGGCGGCCGACAGGGCCUUGCAGGAGAUGAGGAGCCGGAUCUCCGGCACCGAGGUGGAGAUCACCAAGCGACAGCGGGAGGUGCAGAGCAAGCGCACCAUGGCAUCCUCCGACCUCUCGGCCACGCGCGGCGCCCUCUCCGCGGAGCUCGAUGGCAUCAAGCAGCAGCAGACGAAGCUCCGCGACCGCGCCCUGCAGUUGCAAGCAGAGGAAGGGCAUGAAGGUGCUGCCAAAGAGAUGGACAGGCUCAAGGCUGAGGCCGGCCGCCUCAAAGCGCGGGGGGCGGAAUUGAAUCAGGAGCUUCAAGCGGCCUCGGUCGACCCGCAGCAAUUGGAGCAGCAGGCGCAGCAGGCGGAGGCGGCGGUGCAGCGCCUGGCCGAGCAGCGGGACGCCCUGCGCGCCGAGCUUCAGAGCCUCGAGGAGGAGCACCUGCAGGCGAGGCAGGAGUGGCAACAAGCCAUGAGCAGUCUGCAGCACUCGCGGCAAGAGAAGGAGGUGGCCGACUUGCAAAGCUCCAGCCUGAAGAGGCAGUUGGAGGGCCAGUGGAGCUCCUGGCUGCCCACCUGGACCCGGCGCUUGCAAGCCUGGCGGCAGCGGGUGGAGGCCCUGAGCCGCGCCCGGAAGGGUGCGGAGCUGCUGGGCGCCGCAGCGCAGCUGGGCUGGGAGGCGCUCCGGCGGGAGGCGCAGAAGCGGCAGGAGACGCGGACGGCGGUGCAGCAUCUCCAGCAUCAGCUGGCAGAACUUGCGCACGGCUUGGCCAUCCAGGACGAUACCUUGCAGUGAGCCCUCUGAGCUGUGGGAUCAUUCGGCAGACAUUCGGCGCGGUCCGAAACUGCAGUUGCCCAGCCCCAG